UUUCCCUGAUUUUUAUAAAAUGAUCCUGAUUUUCCCUGAUUUUUUACUUUUUGCUAAAUCAGAACAAAAAAAUAAUUCAUAAUAAAUAUACUGGGAUCACUGGCAAAGUUCUGUUGGUUGUGUAUGAGAACUGUCAUAAUAGUCUACAUUAAAAAGCUUUCCAGUCCGCGCUCAUAUAAUGGUUACUCUUUCUUUCGUUUAUCAUCUAUCUGUUCACGAUUUCGAAGGUGUGUAUGAGAACGAUGAGAACUGUCAUAAUAGUCUACACUAAAAAGCUUCCCGGUUCGCGCUUUUAUAAUGCUUACUCUUUCUUUCGAUUAUACUCUAUCUGUUCGCGUUUCCGAAGAAACAGUGUCGAUAUUUUUCAAAUUUUGAAGUUAACGUGAGAGAAAUAUACUCUAUAAAAAUCAUACGCCCGAAGGUAAAUUCGAAUGUUAUAUAUUGUUUUAUUGUUAUUGAUGUUUCUAAAUUGUCGUAGUUAUACUAUCACAAAUUAUACUCGAAAAACGUGUAGUGGUAAAAAUGCCUAAAAAAGGACAAGCUCCAGUUGCAAGCGGAAGUUUGCUCAAAUAUUUCAAAAAAAGCGAAAAUCUUCCAAGUCAGUCGCCUUCGGGAGGAGAGUCGGUUCUGAUGGAGGAGUCGAUUUCGGAGAAGCAGUCAGUUCAGGAAGAGCAAUCGAUUCCAGUAGCACGAGAAAUAAGUGAUUGUGGCAGUGGUCCAACUCUAACCAUCGAUACGUCAGAUGAUGACACUGACGACGUCGAGCAUUCCGAGCAUAUUGCAGUAAAUAAAUCUUCAAAUUACGAUGAGCAUACUGAACCCCUGUCGAAGAAGCGAAAAAGAGUUGGCCAGAAAUACUCCAGAGAAUGGGAAAGGCAAUUGUCUUGGUUGGCUCCGAGUGCAGAUUGUUAUUUCGGAUUUUGUCGUGUCUGUAAGAAAGACGUAAAAGUUUCCGCUGGUAUCAAGGACUUGCUGAAGCACGCCGAUACACAAAAGCAUCAGCAGAAUGAAAGGACACUUAAAGUACCCAUGAAGAGCAUCGAACAGCUUACGACUUCAAGUCUUAACGAAAAGGUUCGGAAUGCUGAAUUGCAGAUGUGUGCUUGGGGAGCCUCGCGUAAUAAGUCCGCUUCCGAAGUUGAGGAAUUUGCAGCUAUCAUGCGUCACAUUUGUCCUGAUUCGGAUAUCGCAAAAGGAAUCAAGUUGGGACGAACAAAAGUAACCUCUAUCAUUACUAACGUAGUCGGCGAAGGGUAUCAUGAAGAACUGAUAGCUCAUCUCAAAACCGCUAAGUUUAGUUUGAUAGUAGACGAGUCCACCGAUAUUAGCGGAAAAAAAUCUCUUGUGUUGAUUACGCGGACUUACUUCUGGGAAGGUGAUUCUCUAACAAUCAAGGAUUGUUUUUACAAUUUAUUUGAAGUUGUCAAAACCGACUCUAGGACUUUGCAUGAAUUAGUAACCAAGUCAUUCAAUGAGGAUAGGAUUCCAUACACGGAAAAUAUGCUUGGAUAUGGAGCUGAUGUUGUAGCCCAAUGCGUUCGAGCAAAUUUAGCGAGAUUCAAUCGCUACUAG